AUGGCUUGCUUAAAUACCCUUAAGUUAGAAAUAAAGACAUUAGAACAAGUGUUUCCAAAAAACCAUGAACGGUUUCAGAUAAUGUCAGCUAGUGUCGACGAACUGACCUGCAGAUUCGUUGGCAAAAAUGGAAAGAAAUACGAAAUACACGCAAAUAUUACGGAGACGUAUCCUAACACACCGCCAGUGUGGUUUGCCGACAGCGAGGAUCCCAUUGUCACUAACGCUGUCCAGAUUCUCAGUAACACACAAGGGAGAGAUAAUCAUGUUAUAAAUCAGGUGGGUAUAUUACUGAGGGAGCUCUGCAAACUACAUGGUGUCCCCGAACCACCAGAUUUGGACUCAUUGUCAUUACCAGUACAUCCGGCACCUCAUCAGAGAGUACCAAGUGUGACAUCAAACGGUGCUGAGUCCGGUACCGAGGAAGAUGAAGAAAUGGCUGCUGAAGAAGAUGAGUCAGAAGGUGAAGAUGACCUGCCGCUGGAGAUGGUUGAUGAUGCUGGCAGGAGCAACAAGGACGAUAUGGAAACAGAGCAUCUAGCGACACUAGAACGGUUGAGACAGAAUCAGCGCCAGGAUUACUUGUCAGGCAGCGUUUCAGGCAGUCUACAGGCAACUGACAGACUGAUGAAGGAGCUGAGAGAUAUAUACCGCUCACAUUCCUUCAAGAAUAACAUGUACUCUAUAGAAUUAGUGAAUGAUUCGCUGUAUGAAUGGAACAUAACGCUGCGCUCCGUGGAUCCUGAUAGUCCGCUGCACAAUGACCUGCUACUCCUCAAGGAAAAGGAGGGGAAAGACUCCAUACUCCUUAAUAUAAUGUUCAAAGAAACAUACCCCUUCGAACCGCCGUUCGUAAGGGUUGUGUACCCUGUUAUAUCAGGUGGUUAUGUAUUAGUGGGGGGUGCGAUAUGUAUGGAACUGCUAACAAAGCAAGGCUGGUCAUCAGCUUACACAGUAGAGGCUGUCAUCAUGCAAAUAGCAGCUACGCUCGUGAAAGGGAAGGCCCGCAUACAAUUCGGGGCUUCAAAGGUGGUGUCGCAGACUCAGUAUAGUCUAGCUCGAGCUCAGCAAAGCUUCAAGUGCCUAGUGCAGAUACAUGAGAAAAAUGGGUGGUUCACUCCACCGAAGGAGGAUGGCUAA